CCAAGUACAGUCAACUUUGAGACCGCGGCUCGUGAACUUAAGAGUCAGAAAAGAAGAACAGACGGAGACGAGAGAGAGAGAGAGAGAGAGAGAUGACUCUGGGACUGAUCAAUGCGAACCCAGUGGUUCACGCCAAAAAGGAAAGAGUAGCUCGAACUGAAGAUCCUCACGGAGACGACGCCGUUGUAUCCCUCGAAAUCUACGAUUUCGUGAGAGAUAUAAGAGAUCCAGAGCAUCCGUAUUCAUUGGAGCAGCUUAGCGUUCUUUCUGAGGAGUCGAUUACAGUUGAUGAGAAGCUUGGGCGUAUUUUGAUAACCUUCACGCCCACAAUUCAGCACUGUAGUAUGGCGACCGUGAUUGGUCUAUGCCUGAGAGUUAAGCUAAAAGAGUGUUUCCCGCCACAUUUUAAGCUUGACAUUAAAGUGUCUCCUGGAUCUCAUGCCAAUGAAGAAUCAGUUAAUAAGCAAUUGAAUGAUAAAGAAAGAGUUGCAGCUGCCCUGGAGAAUCCUAAUCUCCGUCAACUUGUCGAGUGCCUCUACUCCAAUGAACUGUGACCAAAGCAGACUCGAUCACCCAGAUCACUGUACAGUUAGUGCAGUAGUUGUUGAUGGAAUGAAAGAUGA